AUGCCCGCCGCCGCCAGUCCUCCUCGUCCGGCCGGCGCCGCCACCUCUCCCGCAUCGUCGAGCCAUCACCACCACCACGGGUCCUCGGCCCUCGACGACGACGACCUCCUGUCGCUCGGCGCCUUCAAGCUCGACUCGCAGCGCGACCAGGAGCUCCUGUGCCUCCAGAGCUUCCUCAAGGGCGUCCUCCCCGCCGCCGCCGCCGGAGGCUCGACGGCGCAUCCGCCUGCGCUCAACUCGGGCCUCACGCUCGCCAACGCAGCCUCGGGCGCCGCGUGGGCCAACGGGUGGAAGGCCCCGGCCGAGGGCGUCGCCGUCCCCUACGGCUCGCCCAUGUCGUUCGCCUCGACCGCCUCGGCCCUGUCGCAAUCGGCCUCGUCGUUCCCGCACCACCACCAGUCGUCCUCGUUCUCGAACCAGCACCAGCACCAGCACGCCUACCCCUCCCCCCAGUCGUUCGCCCAGCAACCCGCCGUCGGCUCGCCCCUCUCGGGUGGAGCGGCCCGCGGUACGUGGGCCGCCGCCUCGCCCGGUCACCGCGCGCCGGCGUGCUCGCGCGAGCGCGUCCCGGCGCAGGGCGGCGGCGGCGCGACGCAAGGAGGAGGAGCGGCGGCGGCCGACGACGGCUGGAAGGGCCGGCUCCGGUCGUCGACGAGGAGGGCGGCGCAGGACCAGCAGCAUCAGCAGCAGCACCAGGCGCGCUCGUCGCACACGCAGCGAGACGACGACGACGACGCCAUGAUGGAGUGA